CUGCAUCGUUGGUGUUAGAGCUUGCAAGAAAGGCAUUUCACUGUACAUGUGCAUGUGACAUUAAAACUUGAAACAAACUUAUGGGACAAAUACUACAAAAGCGAAAUCUAUACAUCUCUAUGGUCGUCCCAAGGUCCGCCAGGGGGCGCUAGCGGGGUAGCUAGUUAGCGAUCGUAGUUCUGAGCCAUCUGAAGGGAUUAGCGCUAUGUGUAUUUGAUCGUUGGGGAUAUGGCGCAUUUGAACAGAAGGACUAUUUUGUCUGCUGCAUUAUGACUGUAUUUCUAGCCAGCUAACUAGCUUUCGCUAAUUGCAUUGCAGAGUCUAUUUCUAUUAAACGUUACGUCGUGUUACUUAUUGAAACACACAUCCCGCAAGGAAUUGUGAAUUUAGAUUGCAUGCCAGAGUCUUAACUAGCUACGACAGCUAAGCAAGCCACUCCUGAUUGUCUCAUGUUUUGCUGUCUUAUCGAUUUGGCAACACUCGCUUGGCCACGUCUUAUCAAUUUGUGUAUUUUAGUUUUCUCGUGGUAAACGACAGCCUCUACCUAGCUAACGUUACCCAACGACUUGGUUGCUAAAUGUCGGAGAAGAGUUCGAACUCGUCGGGCUCCGAUGAAGAUGUGGAUCCCGAAUCUGGGCAUCCUGUUGAACUCGGUGGCGUCCUAAGCAAGUGGACCAACUACAUUCACGGAUGGCAGGACCGGUGGGUAGUGUUGAAGAACAACACUCUGAGCUACUAUAAGUCAGAGGAUGAGCGGGAGUACGGCUGCAGGGGCUCUCUGUGUCUCAGCAAGGCGAUCAUCACACCCCAUGAGUUUGAUGAGUGUCGUAUUGACAUCAGUGUGAACGACAGUGUGUGGUACCUACGGGCAGAGGACCCAGAGCACCGGCUCCGAUGGAUUGACUCCAUCGAACUACACAAGGUGGAGUCGGGGUAUGGUUCAGAGUCCAGUCUGAGGCGUCAUGGUUCCAUGCUGUCUCUCACGUCCGCUGCCAGUGGCUUCUCCGCCACCUCCACCUCCUCCUUCAAGAAGGGCCACAGCCUGCGGGAGAAGCUGGCGGAGAUGGAGACGUUCAGAGACAUCCUGUGCAGACAGGUGGACACACUGCAGAAGUAUUUUGACGGCUGCGCAGACGGCGUCUCCAAGGACGAGUUCCAGAGAGACAAAGUAGUGGAGGAGGAUGAAGAUGACUUUCCCACAAGCACGCGUCCCAAUGGCGACUGCCUUCACAACAACAACGGCAGCAAAGAGAAGUUGUUUCUCCCUGCCAGUCCUAAGGGCAUGAAUGGGAUCGACUUUAAGGGCGAGGCCAUCACGUUUAAGGCCACUACAGCUGGGAUCCUGUCUACCCUGUCCCACUGCAUCGAGCUCAUGGUGAAGAGGGAGGACAGCUGGCAGAAGAGGCUGGACAAGGAGCUGGAGAAGAGGAGGAGGGUGGAGGAUGCCUACAAGUCGGCCUUGAGUGAACUGAAGAAGAAAUCUCACUACGGAGGCCCCGACUACGAGGAGGGUCCUAACAGCCUCAUCAAUGAGGAGGAGUUCUUUGAUGCGGUGGAAGCUGCCCUGGACAGACAAGACAAGAUAGAGGAACAGUCAGAGAAGGUGAGGAUACCCAGACUGACCCCCGUCCCCCCUGGAGACGCAUACUCCGUCAUCGGAACACACCGCUUUGCCAAACAGGUGGAGGACGUGGUUCAGAAUCACAUGACCUACUCCCUGCAGGACAUGGGUGGCGACGCCAACUGGCAGCUGGUGGUGGAGGAGGGCGAGAUGAAGGUGUACAGGAGAGAGGUGGAGGAGAAUGGCAUCGUUCUGGACCCUCUGAAAGCCACCCAUGCAGUGAAGGGUGUGACCGGACACGAGUUGUGCCACUACUUCUGGGACACAGACGUACGCAACGACUGGGAGACCACCAUUGAAAACUUUAACGUGGUGGAGACUCUCUCAGACAAUGCUGUUAUAGUCUACCAGACACACAAGAGAGUAUGGCCUGCCUCUCAGAGGGAUGUCCUCUACCUAUCAGCUAUCAGGAAAAUCCUGGCGACCAAUGAGAAUGACCCAGACACGUGGCUGGUCUGCAACUUCUCUGUAGAUCACGACAAUGCCCAGCCCACCAACCGGUGUAUCCGUGCCAAAAUCAACGUGGCCAUGAUCUGCCAGACCCUGGUGAGUCCUCCAGAGGGCAACAAAGAGAUCAGCAGGGACAACGUCCUCUGUAAGAUCACGUAUGUGGCCAACGUGAACCCUGGAGGCUGGGCCCCUGCCUCAGUCCUUAGAGCCGUGGCCAAGAGAGAAUACCCCAAGUUCCUCAAACGCUUCACCGGCUAUGUCCAGGAGAAGACCAGCGGAAAACCUAUCCUCUUCUAAAUCUCACCGGUGUUGGAAGGCGAAACACCUUUUUGUCCUGAAGAGAUAUGGCUACAUUUCCCAUCAUUCAAUGGGCUCCCACAGACUGCAUUACCCAUUCAUCUGUCAACUGGAAUUUCUUUACAAAUCAUCCAGAAUGUUCCAAUCGUAUCAGACUGAUUUAGGGCUUUAAUCCAUCAGUAGUUGCUAGCCACCUGAGCCACAAAAACAUUGUUAAACUGUCCAUGGAUGUGUUUGUAUAUAAAUUCAAGAAUUUCUGAAACGACAGAACCAAUCUUUUUGUAAAUUGUUUUGUAAAUAAUUUCCAAUUAUACUUUUUCAUUUGCUUUAAUCACUGAUUAUCACAGCGUCUUUUCAUGCUGUUAAUUUCACUACAAAGAAGGAAACUGAGUAGAGAGAGUGUUGAGGCAAAGUAUGGCUAACCUUCUCCUCUCCCUCUAGUGAUAACCUGUGGUCUGAUGGGGGGAGGGAGUCCAAAGCUUUGUACACUCUUUUUGUAGAUCAUUAUAGCUGUAAAGGAGCACUAUGGAUGUGAUGUAUUAUACAGAGGCUGAGAAUUAGUUUACCAGUGUAUGUGAAUUGACUUAAGGCAACCUGGAAUUGGAAGAACAAGUCUCUAUUGUCAUAGGGUCUUUGAUUUGACAGUAUGGAUGGAACAGAUUACUUCAAUCUGUUGAAUGUGACCCAGCAACACUAUCAAGUGUUGGUUGCCCCCUCCCUCUCACUAUGUUUUGUCCAAGUAACAUACAGCUUAUAUGGCUGAUAUAUGUUGUGCCACAGCAUUGGGUGUUCAGAUGGACCUCGUCAUUGGCUUCAAAGGCUUUUGGGACAGGGGAGAUGAGGUUGUUGGGAUGGCCGUUUAUACAUGACAUUUCACAUCCCGACAAAUCUAUCUACUACAGUAUAAUAUGACCAGAUGUGCUUUUAGAUUGAGACACUAAAUAUUUCACACAAGAUUGUACAAAGUCUGUAAAGCUGAGGACAGAAUCCUCCAAUCAGCUUCUCAUAAUCCAUGGGGAAACAGCAUCAGCUGAAGAAUACAUUUGUCUUGAAUGUUCUAUAUAAAGAAUUGGCACACUUUGUAUAUUUCUAAGUCCUCUUAAGUGUUAUUUGCACUAAAUAAUGCAAUUGGACAAUGUUCGAUAAAUUAAAAUCGCUACACUACAGAAAUGA